AUGAGAAGAAAUGAAAGUCAACAGCGCCCCACAGCAGGCUGUCUCUCUGUACCACUGUUUAACCAAAAGAAACGUGGCAGACAUCCUCUGACUUCUAAUCCCUCGGAGAACGAUUGUCACUCUGGCGGUGAAUAUGCUGGAAAUCAAAGCCCUGCUCUGUCCUUCUUCCCGUCGAGGUAUUCUCAAGAUGCAGCAGUUAAUUAUCCAACACUUCCUAAUCAGAAGAGCCAGUGGAAUAAACCAGUCAACCAUCAACUUCAGCAACCCAACAGUAAACCUGCACCUCCCUCUGGAUCAAUGGGCAGAGGACCUGCACCUGUUCCUCAUCCAUAUAAGCCAGCCUAUAUUUGGUCGCAGAGGGUACAGCAGAAGACCCCAGGGAGGCAGGACUCUAUGGCAACCCCUGCCCCAAGGCAGGACUGCUUCCCUAGCAACGGCGUAACCACGUUGGCAAAGUCCCAACCAUUUGGCAGCAACCAGCCCGUUAGCCAGCAGUCAUUUAAAACGCAAAAAGGAACGCCGUCACGGGUAAAACCGGCCGAUGAGAAGACCCUGCGGAUUCUCACGGCAGUCAUUGAAGGCAUGAAACACUGGAGUCGGUACAAGGACAAGACACCCUUGUUGUUUGAGAUUUUUGCCACCCUCGAUUCUGCGGUCACCCAGGGAAGUCACGGUGCCAAGAACUUUCUAAUAAGGGAUGGAAAAGACGCAGUGCAGUGUAUCUACUAUGAAAAUGACCAGGCUCUGCCCAGACUGAUCCGGGGUCAGGUCCAUCGCUGUGUGGGGAACUACGACCCAGUGAAGGAUGUGCUCACCUGUGUGUCAGUCAGGGCGGCAUCGCCUUCGGAGCAGAGGAACGCCCUGGAGGUCGUGAGAGCGUCGGACACUGAGAUGAGGAGACUGGUCCAGGUUCUCAGUGAAAUUUGA